GAGUAUGACGUUCGUAGACUAUCGAUUUAUACUCACCUCAGUUCGCAGAUUGGUUUGUUUGCUGAAUUCCUACGUAAACAGUCGUUGCUUCAGAAUUUAAUCAAUAUUAUUAUCACACUCGACUGUGCUUACGUGCUAUUUACCGCUAAAUUCGAUUAUCGUCGCGCAUAAAAUUCUCAUUUCAUUUGAGUACUAGUAGCCGGUUUAGUGGAUUAGCUGUAAAAAAGUUGUUAUUUUAUUUCGAUUUUAGUCCAAUUUUUAAACAUGAAUAUGCUAUAUUUACCUCUUCUAGCCACGUUAAGUGUUUGUGGUUUAUUUGUGACCGCAUAUGAAGUGGAUACUUACGAUUUUCUUAUGCCUAAUGUUUGGCCCCACAAGGAUGAGGCUUACUUAUGUACCCCAAUAAGAAUUUCACCAAUCAACAGCUAUUACAUAGUGGGAUUUAAACCGAAUGCGACGAUGCAUACAGCCCACCAUAUGCUGCUAUAUGGCUGCUCGCAACCAGGGUCUAAUGAGUCAGUCUGGAGCUGUGGAGAAAUGCAGAGCAAUGAUAUCGACAAUUUGUACAACACGGCCAGCCCGUGCCGUUCUGGAUCUCAGAUAGUAUAUGCCUGGGCCCGCGACGCUCCCAGUCUGCAGCUCCCAGAGGAAGUCGGUUUCCUCAUCGGGAAGGACUCUCCCAUCAAAUACCUGGUUCUUCAAGUGCACUAUAUGCACAAAUUCCCUGAGGGCCGCACUGAUAACUCUGGAGUUUUCCUGAAAUAUACCAAAACAAGAAUGUCUCGUCAAGCGGGGGUCAUUCUGCUGGGCACGGGCGGGGUCAUCGCCCCCCGCAAGCUGGAACACAUGGAGACCGCUUGCACCAUCAGCGAGGAUAAAGUUAUACAUCCCUUCGCUUUCCGGACUCACACGCACAGCUUGGGCAAGUUGGUAGCCGGCUAUGUGGUCCGGAAGAAUCGCAAAGGUGACGUGUGGCAGUUGAUCGGCAAGAAGGACCCGCAGAAGCCGCAAAUGUUCUAUCCGGUGGCCAACGACGCGCCCAUAACUAAAGGAGAUGUUUUGGCUGCCAGGUGCACUAUGAACAAUACUCACGACCACGUGGUCAGCAUUGGGCCAACAAACAAAGACGAGAUGUGCAACUUCUACCUAAUGUACUGGGUGCAAAAUGACACUCCUCUUGAUCAGAAGUACUGCUUCUCAGCUGGACCCCCCUACUACUACUGGACCCGCGCCCCGCAGGGGUUCAAUGUCAUACCAGACUUGGCGGCUAGCACUCCGUAAACAAGGUUAUACUGACAGGCUAUCAAAUUGGACCUCUAAAAUAUGUUUGACCAAAUUUAAAUUAUGAUUAUACGGUUUGAUUGACAGUUGUUCUAAAUAACACAGGCAAUUUAAAAAAAUCAUUAAAAAAUAUAUAGUUUUUCACAUUAUAAUUUUUUUUUCAUAGCCAUCUAUGUAUAUAACCUGUAAUAAUGUAUUUUUUUAAAGAAUGAAUUACAAUUUAUACAACAUAUAGUUGAAGUACCAAAUAACGAAAACUGUUUAAACGGUGAGUAGAUGUGAACAUACAGACUUUUGCAUUGAUUAUAUUAUUAUGGGUUUCAGUAGUCACAUGCCAAUCAAAACUUUUGAAGGUUCACUUGAGAUUUAGUUAAUAAUUAUUUUUGUUUGUCAUAUAUCUUUAAAGAUUGCAACAGACAAUUUAUCAUUAUAUACACGUAUUUAUUUAUCCCUUACGAGGUAAAUACAGUGAAGAGUGGCGACACGUUUUUAGAAUUUAUUUGUUUUAUCAUAAGAGUAAAGCGAAUUUCCUACCAUAAAUAUCGUAAAACUUUAAAUUCUCAAAUAGUUGUUCCUUUCUUAGAGAUUAAUGGAUCUGAUCUAUUAAAGUUUCAAAAUAAGUAAUAAGUAUUAAAUGUAUGUCAAAAUAAAAUUAUUUCUAAUCACAGCAAAAAAAAA